ACUAGGACAAGCCCUCCUCGAGCCUAUGACCUGACAGGAAGAUUUCAUCAUAGCCCGCUCCCUUACGGACUAACGAUGAGUGAUCCUUCGUCGCUUCACUAUCUCCUGACAUCUAUUCACCUACAAGCGACGGAGAUAUUCUAAGAACCUAGUUGAUGGGUCUCUCUAUAGAAGUAAUGACCAACUAGAAAAACGGAAAUAAAAAAGGAAUGAAAAAGAGAAGAGGACUCACAAGGUUAAUAGACGAGUCUGUAGAGAUGAUGGGAUUAGCAAGUAAACUACAACAAAAAUGGCAAAAUGAUAGCUCUCUCUCAAGAUUUGCAAAGAUGAAAUAAGGAAAAAUGAAAAGAGAUGGUGAACUAUUUAUAGAGCAAAGAGGCACGAGAAACGAAGCAAUGCUUGUGAUUGGAAACGAGGCCAACCAGCGAGUGCCAUGUGUCACCUGACAUUUAAGCUUAAGGAUGCCUACACCAUUUAAUGACACAUUUGCCAAUAAAACACCUAAUUUAUGGUCAUAAAUAUUCUAAUACUCUGUGGCCCGUCAACUAAAGCUGACAGUACCACGAAGUAGGGGGCAGCUGAUAGGGAUAUUUUAGCUAUAAAUUUAAUACCCCCAAGACAUUGCGCAAGAAGGUCGUUAGCACCCAUAUACUCGUCAGCUUCACGGAAACCAAAGGAGGAGUCAAGCCGACGACACCAAACAAGACGACCCCACAAAGGAUACUUGGUAGGCAUCUCCAUAGGCCAAUGGGAAUGCUAGGACGGAGCAGAUGACCGACGGGGUUAAAGAGGCCGACGGGUCCAUCUUGGCUUAACUUGAGCCCAUGGACAUCUAUGUAAGGAAAUUUCUUGUAUCCCAUAGUUAACUCUAAUCAAAGGAAUCUCUACAAGGAAAGGAUCUCGCAAAGUACGUGCAUUAAUAAGGAUCUUCCCUACAAGGAAAUAUCUUCUCUACCAAGAAACGAAGCUUUCAAGAAGAAACCACACAAUGUAUCCAACUGUGAAGGUGAGGGUAAAUGAACAAGAUGAUCAGUUUCCUCCCAGAAAUCAUGAUAAUGGAUCAAUGCUGUUUUUAAGUCCUAUGGAUUCCCUGUCCAUCCAAGCAAAGGAGAAUCGGAUUGAUUUCCCUUCAUCUAUUGCUGGAGUCACAAAGGCUCGUGUCCCAAACUUCUCAGCACAAUUGAUUUCUACGUCCAAAGGAACGGUGAAGAAAAACAACAAACAAGCUGAUAAGAGUGGUGAACAGAAUAGAGCUAAUUCAGCUCCACGCCCACGAGCUAUCCUAUCCAGUCCGGAUAACGAUGGGAUGAUUGGAAGUCAGAACAAAUUAAUGGAAGAAAAAUCUUCGGAUUAUAGUAUAACAAAGAAGAUGCAAGCCCAAACUAAGGUUGUGCAUAAUCAGGUAAAGGCAGCAAGGCCUCUAAACACCAAAAAAAGUCUCCCAUGGGGUAUCAGAUGACAAGAGUGGCCCUAAGCAAAGAAAACUUCAUGAACCUGUAAUCCAAAAACAGAAGCCCCGUUUUAGAGAAGGAAAAUCAAGCCUCAAUGCAAAGUAAAUUUCUACCAAAUGCUGCAUUAUGCUUGUACUUUUGCUUUUAGUAUUAUGCAUUUUAAAGUUCAUGUUUUGAAUAGGCCAAAUGGCUUGUUCCCUUCAUGAUGUUGGGUCUUCAACUUUUCAUGUGUAAUGUAUAAGUACCCUAUAAGGCUUUUGAGAACAUAAGUAUUGAGAAACUUCAUUUUGAAUUGU